AGUUGUGUUUGUGAUGCAGUGUCCCUGCUGUGCGAACCGGAGACGGCAUUUGGGAAAGGUGUAUCAGUACUUCUAGUAGCUUUGCUCAUGAAGAUAGAUCAGAUCUCUUUAUUUCUCUUGUUCCUGUUUCGGAAUACCAGCUGUCCUACGUUGUAGCUUUUAUUGCUUCAGAGGUAUUAGCGGGUAGAGUUUCAGUUUGUUUUUUUUUGUUAAACAGCACCAGUCGGCACUAUGGUCGUAGAACUGCAGCAGGGUCGUGGCCUUUCUCCCGCCUCCGCCACCUACGGUGCGUGGGUGGAGCGUCGCGCAACGGAUUUUUGUGAGCAGCUGAAUAGGGACCUUGAGGACCAGUCCGCGGCAGACCGGCUAAAGAUCGGAAAAGACGUCCAGCACGCCGCGGACGUUCUGAACAAAAACGCGGCCCGUGCGGAACAACAAGCGGUUGCGGAAAAGACGCUGGACGCGCAUUUAUCCUGCAGCGCGGCAGCCAAGGCGGGGCGACUGUGCUGCAAAAACAGCAUGACGGACGCCACGGACGGCCGCGUGAUCGGCGCGCCGCUAUUUGUCUGGGUGCCGGGGAAAGUGAACAAUUACUACGCGGACGCGGUCGCCGGUGUGGGGGCAGCACACGCUGCGAACAACGCGAACGGAGGACAAGCUCCAGUGCCGGACCGGCCUGCGUUCGUUGUGCGCGAAGAUGCAUUUCGCGAAGUAGUGCUCGCGCCAAUGCGUGCAGCUAUGCGGAACCGGCCUGAAGAACUUCCGAUGCUGGAGCGGCCGCAACCCAACGCGGCCCUUCGAAAUGUUGUUCACCCGCCGCAGGAGAACGUGAACAACGCGACCACUGCCUCAGCUACUCGGCCGCACUACGGUGCGCGGAUCGAGAUUUGGCAUCGACACGCGGAGGGCGACGGCCGGCGGUUCCGCUUUGUCAGUGCUUUUCCAAAAUACGGCUCGAACAAGAUGUCGGUGGUGUUCGGGCCCCUCGGGGAUUCGCUCGUCCAAGACCAAAUGCGCGCGUGGAUGGCUGCGGUCCGCCGCUCGACUGCCCGGGGAGAAUCCUUAGCCGGGUCGUCGUCCUGCUCCUCUCCUGCGGCACUGUUUCCACUCCCAAAUUUGCCCGACGAGGUGUUUCACCAGAUCAAGUCUUUCCUGCGACCGGUGGAGUCGGUGCUGCUGAACCCAACGCACCUCGCGUACCUCGCGGGACAGCGGCGGCUGCAGGACCUGGAGCGCGUCCUCGACCACGCUCUGGCCGCUUGUCUGCAGGACAUGCAGCAGCAGGCGGCGAGUGUGCACCCCGGGUUGACGAAGAUAAAUGGGAAAUUGUUUUUGUCAACCGACCGGCUGAAGGUCUGGGAGAGCGGGAAUUUGAGCCUCGGCGUCAAGCUCGGCAACACGAUCUGCUCCGUGGAGGGCCCCCGGGUGUGGCCUUGCAAGGAGGAGGAGGAAGUGACCGGGAGCGCAGCGUGGGAGGCACAACGGCUGCAAGACAUCGCCGCGAAAUGUAGCAUGGUGCCGCCUUCCAAGGCAGAGGCCCGGUUUGAUAACAUUAUGUCCGCGCUCCGUACAUUCUUUGAAGGAAAAGGGCUCACCUUUUCACCAAGCGACCAAUGCCGCGCCAGCUUCGCCAUCGCGUGGCCAAGAAAACAGAGCGCAGAGGACGGCGAGGCAGCAUUGCGGUAAACGGGAAGAAGCAUAGUACUCGAACACUUUGGCGGAGAAGUCUACUCAGCUGGUCAGAAUGUGUUGUAAGAGUACUAAGUAGUUUAGUCGUUUGAGGAGGUAAAAAGCUGCUUACGUGGGCCCUUGUGGCGCUGUUAUUUUGCGUUUUCCCUUGCACAGUGAGCCACGCUACUUCUUCGCUGGUCUUUUCUUUUUCUAUUCUCUUUGUACUAGCACUAUCUGCUUGCAUGGCGAUGUGAAUAUUAAGGAGUCGCAUCGAUGCGCGAGUAGCUGUAAAUUUACAGUACUACGAUAUUUUUUUUUUUGAAAACCAUGAUAUGUCACCUACCCGUUUCAGCUUCCACUGUCUACUGAAUUCAUUUUCUCAUCAUGAUCUAUGAAAGAAUAAAGCUCCUCCUUGAUGACGUCGUUUUCAAAAAGAGGAAGACCGUAGUCGGAUUGGUUUUCGCGUAGAAGACUUGCAGCUCUACUUCAGGAACUGUACAUAUUUUUCCGUCUCUCGUUGCCAGAGAGAGUUCGAGUUGUCAUUCGCCGGACUUCUUCUGAAACGAGUGCCGUUGCAUUGAAGCUGUUGUCUUUGUCUUCCAGUGGCCGAUAUGUCGGGCCUUUUUGGGGGACCUAGUACUCCGACGACAGCACGAAAACCGAGGACGGGUCUGCUCGUGCUCGCCUGGAAGGAUAUCAUUUGAACCAAAUUUACAAAACUAACCACAUACCACGUAUCUCGCUUUCUUCAACAUCAGCGCGACAACGUCGAACCCGCGCUCUGGG